CGAAUUGAGCGAAUUCUAGCAGUAUGAGAAUAACAGCAGGUCCAAUUCGCCGAAGGGAACCACAAUAACCUUGAUAUUUCAACCGUUGUUAGUCGUAUUUGAUAGGAAAAUUGUGAUCUUUCGGGACAUAAACCAGCAGAGCAUAUAAUCCUGUGGCGUCACCUGUGGGCGGAUUCACUAACCAGUAUGAUAAGAGAGGCACCGUGCUCUCUAAUCAAAGCACCUUUUUAAUACUGGCCAUGGCAGUGCCUUAAAUUGUACGUUCUCAGAAAUGAACUCUACGUUCGCGUUUAAAUCAGCAAUUCUCUAUCCUGAAACAAUAAAAAUUCGGCUGUGAAAUACGUAAAUUAAUGUUGAAGUAAGUGGUUUGAGAUGUGUCUUCGUUUAUGUGUUUAGAUAGUGUCUCGAAUAUGUGUAAUGUACCGCCAAAGUUCUAUCAACUCUGUCGUCUUUGUUUAUCAGAAGAUGCCGAGGCUCAGUCGUUAUUCGAUAACACUGCCUCAGAAAGAAAUGUACCCAGAAAAAUCAUGACGUGUCUUUCAAUAAUGGUAUCUGACAGAGAUUCUCUACCUCAUGUAAUUUGUCUACAGUGUAUAAAGCAAGUGGAGGUUCUAUUUCAGUUUAGAGAAAAUGCUCAUAGGGCAGAGGAUAUGCUUAAUAAAUUUCUACUAUACACUACACAGCUGACGGGGACCUCAGAGGAAAAAGUGAAAGAGUCAAACAACAUCUUGGAAGCAAUGGUGCAGACGUUUAGAGCAGCUCAAAGCGGUUCAGAAACCAACAGUAUUAGGGAAGAUCAAACGAUAGAUCACAGCGAAUCUAGCGCGUCAUCGGAGGUUGGAUCUAAUAGAGAGAAGGAAACCAUGUCGAGCAAUCCCCAAGAAUCGUGCCAGCAGAUCAAAGCCGAAAACUACACCAGAUUCUGUAAUAUAGGAUCAAGGGAGGUACUGGAUUACAGGAACAGCACCGUCAGGAAUCAGGAACAAGAAGAUCAACCAGCCGAUUUAUCCAAAAAAGCGGAAAAUGUUACAUGUAUGCCUGAAAUAGACUACAUUAAGGAUGACGACAACGUUUCGGAAUGUAGUAAUAGCUCAGAUCCUGAGAGACUGGAGGUGGACAUGUCCCAGGCGCCGGAAGACAAUUCCAACUCAACAACACACAGCGCACCUUCUCCCCAACCCUGUGACCAACAGAAACAACUGGAAGACAGGAACCUCUGGUUGACACUGUCUCAAAACGGAUACAACCCUUCUAUACCUCUAACAGGCGAAGCAAGUCAGCUCUUGAAGAAACUUAUCACUUGUAGGAAAUUGGGGAUGAGCAUCACUCCGAGUCCUUCCCUAAGCCCUAAUCAAUAUGUCAGUACAACAAUAGACGGAAGGGGUAACAUGACUGUCAUGAAGGAUGGCACAACAUUGGAUUACAGCAUGAACAAAACCUCAGGCAGAAGGAAACAAAGUUACCCUACCAAAGCCAACGUGGAAGAGAGCAAGUUUGUACCGAGCCCACAGAGGGAGGAUAACGAAGAGUAUGUGAAUUUUCCUGGUGGCAAUCCUUGGGUCGGGUUAUCCAUUGUCAAAGGAGGAAAGGCUGGUGCCAAUAACAUGACUAGAAGAGUGGAUCUUGCCUGUACGAAUUGUGGUACCCAAACAACGACAAUAUGGCGGCGUAACCUCAAAGGUGAAAUGGUCUGCAACGCCUGUGGGUUGUAUUAUAAACUUCACGGAGUUGAUAGGCCACAUACUAUGAGGAGAGACACAAUACAUACGAGACGUAGAAGGCCUAAGGCUAACGAAGAUCACGAGAAGGAAAAACAGAAAGCAAUAAACAUUAAAAAGAAUAUCAACAAUAUGGAAUCGAAGGAUACUGAAGAUAUGCUAUCUGCACUGAGGAAACAAUUGCAACCACAUCUUAUGAUGGCACUUCAAGGCCAUAAAACAGCGAAUUUUCCUCUGAUUCAGGGUCCACAUUUCCAAAAUUUCUUGCCUAAAGGUGAAUCCCCAGGUGGUUCUACUGCUGAAAUGGACACAGACGAAGAGACCAUGGCUGAUGAUUUACCAUUAAAUUUGGUAUCGACACAGAUGACGGAAACAGAAACCCAUUAAGCAUACUGUACAUUAUAAACCCCAUAUUGUCCACGUGAUAUAAAAUACUUAAAUCCCAGUUGGUAUUUAAAAAAAAGUAUUAUAUACCAAGAUAAGUUUAUCUUGCUGUGAAGUUCAAUUUUUUUCCUUCUAACUUAAAAUCAAACUACAUAUUUAUUUAUAGCCUUACGGACCCCCCCUCCCCUCAAUAAUUGGUGAAAAAAUUGAAUUUCAUGAAUUUGCGAGAUUUCAGUGAGUGAAUACUCUAGUGCAGCUCGCAGUGACUCUUUGCCAGUUUGUUAAGUUUUCAGGUUGUUGUUAGUAUUGAUGAGAUUAAUUAAACCGGUUAAUACAAACGUAACACUCCCAAAAACCGGUGAAUAAUAGUAUUAUAUCAUUUGAACAGGAACCCCAAAGUAUUUCUUGGAUUAGUACUUACGUUUUUCAGAUGGUAUGAAGUAUUUCAGAUAUGCCUGUGGUUUAUUCGAAUUUGAUAACGCAAGAAUGUUUUCCAUCUUGGCGUUUUCAAAUUUGCGUAGAUAUGUGCAUUUAUAGGCCAGAAUUUUCAGUUUUUAGUAUUUUUCAACAUAAGCGAUGACAAUUUAAAAAUGGAUGAAGAACUUAUUUUUUAUAUUGAAAAAAAAAGCUUUACUUAUAUAUUUGUAACAGAUGUGAUAUUUUCCAUGCAUUAUUUUUACCGAUACAGAAUAAUAAGAAAUGUAACCAAAAGUUUUGUUAGAAAGCCAGUAGUACCUUAACAUUUUUCUAAAUGUGAAUUGUUUUGCUAAUACUCAGUAUAAUUAAGGUUUACUCUAAUUGAAAUCUUUAUUUCACAUAUGGUUGAAGUUUGUAUUUUUUAUUAUAAUCAAAUUCCAAUUCUUUGGAACUGUGUGAAAUUAUUGUUUACGUAAUCAUAAUACUCUACACUUAUUUAUUCGGAUAAUUUUCGCUCUCUUAUAUAUUUUUUUUUUUUUCAUCGAAACCAGUGUGAUUUAAUCUGUACAUUAUCUUUUAUUUUGAUUUUCUCCUGAACAGUAAUUUAUACAUGUAUUUUUACAUCUUCCAUAUAUAGAAGGCAUUUUUUAAGUUUUUUUUUAUGGUGCAGCUUGACGAAAUUUUUAUUAUUUCAGCGGCAAUAAAUCUUCAGAAUUUGAAAUUUUGAAGUUUAUUUUAAGUAUUAAUGUCUCGAGUGAUAUUUCUUUUAACAACUCUAUUUAACUUUUAACUUAUUAGAUCAAAAUCAGUAUUGUAAUUAUUUUUUUUAACUCUAUUAGUUGAGACGACUUGUUUUGGCAGCUUUUUUGUUUGCUACAUUUUUAUUGUGUGUUACCGUUGCUCUUUGAAAGUUGGUUGUACUUUUUGAAAUUGUUGCUUAUUUCUUAGAAAGAUUAUACUACAUUUUUUCCCAAUUUGAAGCGUUUUCACCACUUAUUAUCGACAAAUUUCGGAGCGGUUGUGAUAUAUAGAUGGUAUUUUUAAUAUUACCAGUGUGUUUACCCUAUACUCAUUUCAAAACUGUAGAAAUUGUUUGAAAAAUUUUGUUAAUAGUUGGACUAACCAUUUGAAAUCAAAUAACUAAUUUAGAAGUUAUGAUAUUUUUUUACAAAUAAAAAUAGCUGCUAAA